AUGCUAACAAAACAGGACUUCAAAGUUCAGGAAAUUAUCGAGGAUCUGAAAAUAAAAGGUGAAAAGCCGCAAAUACCAGGUGUGCGCAGAUAUUCGCCCUCUAGAAAUGAAUGCAAUCAGAUACUCACGAGUCCAGUUUUCGCGAGCAGGAUUGCAAGAGAUCCAUUAACUGUUGAUUCCAAGAAAGUGGAUAUGGCAUUCAGCAGUUCCUGCGAAGAAAUUAAAUUGCGUGGAUCGUAUAUGGACCCACCUCAAACUAAAAUUGAAAUCGAUUUUCCUAUUGCUUUCGUUAGAGUUGUCUAUAGAGCUUACCAUGUGCAAGAAUUGCUGUUUAAUUUGAUGUACACGCCGCAGAAUUUGUUCUGCUAUGCACUGGACAAUAAAUCGAGUCCCCUGUUCCACGAACAUAUGAGAAAUCUAUCGGCAUGUUUCCCAAAUGUUUUUCUCACUGAGACCGAGUACAACGUGGACAGUGCUGGACACAAUAUGACUCGAAGCUAUUUGGAAUGUCUGAAUAUUCUGCGCAAGAAAUCAGACUGGAAAUACGCUAUUCUACUGCAG